UUUUUCAUUCAUUAAAAUUUAAUUGCGCACCAAGUGUUCGAUAAAAUGAACAAUCUAUAUAGUCUUUACUUUGUCUUUUUUAUUACAUCAUUGUAGUUCAAUUUCUUAAUCUCUGUACAAAUCUGUUAACUGAUUUAUUCUUAAACUCAAAUCCUUUAAUCAAAAAUUUUCCUAUAGUUUAGGAAAAGACCCAAUUCACUCCCCUCUUGGAUCAUUGUUUGGGCAACAGUAUGUAAACCACUAAAUCAAUCAGAUUUAUAAAUAUUAAUUAUAAUUCAGAAUUGACUUUGUAGGAUUGGAUCAAAUUGAUCAGAAAUCAACUAAUCCAUUUAAUAUUGAUACUUCAAGUGCACAUGGGCAAAUAUUGUUCUUAUUAUAAACAAUAAAGUGAUGUUUUUUCAAUAAUGCAAACCAACAAUAUACUAUACAUAUAAUCUCAUCUAGUCAACAUGCUCUUUCACCCAUGAGCAACAUGUUUCUUUGCUACAUCCACAUAACCCAAACUCAAUCCCUACAGAACUAAAAUCCUAUUCCAGUUAUUGAUCUACAGAACUAAAAGCCUAUUCCAAUUAUUUCACUAGAGAUCGAGAGACAUAGAGAUGAUGGCAACUAGCACAGUCAAAUUUCAGGCUCCUAGUGAAACCAGUUAUGACCGUAACACCGAACUAAAAGCCUUUGAUGAUACAAAAUCUGGUGUCAAGGGACUUGUAGAUGCUGGUGUAACAAAGAUCCCACCAAUAUUUAUCAAUCACAAACAUGACCAACCUCAUCAAAAACCUUAUACUCAGCUUGGCGACUUAUCGGGAACCAAACAAGGUACUAUUCCAGUUAUCGAUCUUGAUGGUGUUCAUAGAGAUGCAACCAAACGCAGAGAGAUCAGCGGAGAAGUUUUGGAGGCUUGUGAGAAGUGGGGUUUCUUUCAGGUUGUCAAUCAUGGAAUUCCGGUGAGUGUUUUGGAUGAGAUGGUAGAUGGGAUAUGCAGAUUUAAUGAGCAAGACACUGAGGAGAAGAAAAAGUGGUACACAAGGGAUGUCAAGAGAAAAGUGUUGUUUGUGUCCAAUUUUCUUCUGUAUACUUCGCCGGCUGCUGAUUGGAGGGACACUAUUUUUUGCUUUAUGGCUCCCAAUCCUCCUGAUCGUGAUGAAUUACCUGAGAUAUGCAGUGAUAUAAUGAUUGAUUACUCAAAGCAAGUGAUGAGAUUGGGACACACUGUCUUUGAACUAAUAUCGGAGGCCCUUGGACUCAACCCCAACCAUUUGAAGGACAUGGAUUGCGCGAAGCAACUUACCCUUGCGGGCCAUUAUUACCCUGUGUGUCCUGAACCAGAAUUAACUUUGGGUGCUAGCAGCCACACUGACGUUGCCUUCCUCACCAUACUUCUACAAGACCAGAUAGGUGGCCUCCAAGUUCAUCAUGAGAAUCAGUGGGUUGAUAUAACCCCGAAGCGUGGAGCUCUAGUAAUUAACAUUGGAGAACUUUUGCAGCUCAUCAGUAAUGACAGGGUUAAGAGUGUGUAUCAUAGAGUAGUGGCAAGACAUGUAGGGCCAAGAAUUUCAGUGGCUUCCUUUUUCUCACCAGUCCAGAGAGGAAAUUCCUCGAGAGUUUAUGGACCGAUCAAGGAGUUAAUAUCAGAGGAAAGUCCCCAAAUCUACUGUGAAACCUCUAUAAAAGACUAUCAGUCUCACUACACCUCGAAAGGGCUUGAUGGAGUGAGUUCAUUGCUGCAUCUGAAGUUGUGAAGUUGGCCCUAUAAUAUGGGAACUAGCUCCCCGUGUCUUGGAACCUUUUUUUUUUUUUGUUUCAAAGAUACCAGUCUUGGAACCUUGACCUGAUACUCGGGAGUUCAGACCUAAAGUCACUAAGACAAAGGUAGACCGGUAUGUGGAUCGUUGAAUUGGUGAUGCUUUGUUUGGUGUUGAAACAUUUGGCUUGUUUAAACAAUGUCCUGCUUUUAUGCCAUGCCUAUCUGCUAUGCGGAAUAAAGAGUUGCUUCUGUAA